AUGGCCAAGACAGGUCGAAGGCCUCGAAAAGGAAGAAAGCUUUUGUAUAAUCUUCCAAAUUCCUACUCGCAGUCAGGUCCUCACAGCUCAACCACCGUUUCCACGAUAUCACUGGACACACCUUAUCCUCAGUUCUAUCAGUCGCUCAAUGAUGGACUCGGAAACAACGAAAUCCUCUUUCCUGAUCUUGACCAGUGGGAACGACAUUUUGUGAACCUAAUGAAAGAUAUCGUCGCUCCAUCCCCACUCGAUAAGUUUUUAAUCGGUUCAAGCUUCCAUGAAUCACACCAUCAAUCCUUCAUCCAAAUAUUGCUUCGACCAACAUCUAUUCUAAAGCAUGCAACAGUAGCUUGUACUGCAGUUUUGUUUGGUGAUAAAUAUGCCCAAUACAACAAAGUCAGUUUUGAAAUUGGGCACCGACGAGCUGCAAUGGCCGUGUCUGGGCUUCGCUCUCUGCAAAUAUCCCACGACCAGGAUUUGAUCACGGCGUUAGGAAUUGGCGUUGCAAUGGUGACUUUUGCUAUGCAUGUUGCACAUGGACAGCCAUUUCUUAUAUCUCGCUACACGCUUUCUUUGGUUAAACCGAUGUACCCACGGCUUCUGACGAUGGAUUCGAUGACCAUGGAUUUCCUGAUGUGUCUUGUCACCACGGAGACACUUGAUUGUCUUCUGAAAUCGGAGAUACCAACAAUCAGAAUCGGGGAACGUGAUCGCAAUCAUGUUGUCGAUCGCUAUGUCGGGCUGAGCUCUGGUCUGUUUGCUUAUCUAUAUGACAUUUGUGAAGUGGCCAGUCUACUGCGACAAAUGGGCGGAAAGAUGGAUGUCAGCAUUGCAAAACAACUAAAUGUUAUUAAAGUCUGUUUGCAACAAUGGUUGCCCUCACCGCCGGCUGAAUUUAUGGAGCAAUUUCAUCAAGGCGAAGUCGUUCGCAUGGUUGCUCAGGCUAAAGUGCUUCGCCUUGCUGCAUUGCUUAUUAUUCAUCGGCUUGAGUACCCCUUUGGACAACGUGAUGAAGAAGCCUUAUUGCUCUCUAGAGCUAUAACCGCCGAAUUCGACAUGGUGAUGCAAGUAACAAGAAGGUCUAUACCAUGCACUACGCUUGCUUAUCUGGUGGCCAGUUUCGAGAUCACAGAUGCCGAAGAACAGGCGGCAAUUAUUACCAAGAGCGAUGAUAUGGUGACAUUUUCCCUACAGGCACAGCUUCGCGUCAAGAGUAUCAUACAUACAGUAUGGAAUGCGAGGGCCUUUAGAGGUCCGAUCUACUGGUUUCAUCUAGGGGACCUUAUUGAAAAGGCAGAGAUGAAAUGA